AUGGAGUUUAACGAGGAAUUCUUCAUUAAUAUGACAAUGAUGCCUAACGCUGUUGAAUAUGAUUUAUCAUCAUUGGAAUAUCCUGGUACUCUGAAAGAUGUCCCUAUUUGGGAGAUAGUCAUCAAAAUAACGUUCUAUAGUAUCUUAAUUAUUUCUGCUGUGCUUGGAAAUAGUUUAAUAAUAUUGGUGGUUGCACGCACUAAACGCAUGCAGACCACUUCAAACUAUUUUCUUGUGAACUUAGCGGUAUCGGACCUUCUAGUGACAGUGUGUUGUUCCUGGGUUCGACUCGUGGAUGAUCUAACAGAGGGAUGGGUACUGGGGAAUGUCUUCUGUAAACUCAACUCAUUUGCUCAAGUAACUUCAAUGGUAGCCGGGAUAUUUUCACUCGUGCUGAUCGCCUGUGACCGAUUCUUCGGCAUCGUGUUUGUCAUGAAAGCACACAUCAUCGAGAGGCGAGCCAGCUACGCUAUAGUCAUCAUAUGGAUCUGCGCAAUUGCCGUGGCAUCACCUCUUCUGUUUGUCCGUCAAGAAGAGUCUAGGAUCUGGGCCAAUCACGUUGAGAUUUGGUGUGGUGACACAUGGCCAACGACGGAGGAAAUGGAACCGGCGACAGGAUUUAUAUCGAUGUCAUUUCCGGGACGCAAAGCAUACUACACGUUUGUGACUGUGGCUCUGUAUUUUAUCCCCAUAAUAACAAUGACAGUCAUUUAUUUCCUGAUCAUUCACACUGUGUGGUUCACUCGGACGCCGGGAGAAAGAAUUUCCUUUAAAGAAAUAAAGGUUCAAAGGAAGGUGAAACGAAGGGUUGUUAUUAUGCUGGUAAUAAUGUUGGCCACAUUUGGACUGUGUUGGCUGCCCCUUGAAAUUGUGAUAUUAUACUCAGAGUAUCGACCACACCAGGACGAACAGCUGCCGCAUUGGUACAGCAUUCUGGAGUUUGUAUCCUACACGCUUGCUUUCGCCAACAGCGCCCUCAACCCACUCAUAUAUGCGGGUUAUAACGAGAACUUUAGAAUAGGUACAUGGAGGAAACAACGUAUGUUUACCGUUUCAAGCUCUGUCAGGAAAAUAACGAUAAAUUGAAGAUAAUUAUUAACAAUUUUAGCACUUGUAUGUUAAUUGAUGUGUUGUCUAUUGUAUCAUUUAUUGUAUAGAUAAUAGGUAACUUGCCUUGUUUGCAUGAC